CUGCACGCCACGGCGGAGCCAAACUUGCCGAGUCAGGAUGUGAGAGCGGCAGGGACGGCUCUGCAGCAUCCCUGGGUGCUGCCGCAUCCCGGGGUGCCGGGGGCUCAGCCUCCCUCCUCCGCCGGACACCUUUUCCCAGGGACAGAGCGGGAAUGGGGUAGGAACCGGCACCUGCUGGGGUUGCCUCUGGCUGUCGCGGCUGCACCGGCACCGGCGCCGCUUCCCGGAACCUGCCGAGCCUCCAGCUCUGCCAGCAGCUGGGGGGGUUUAUUUCAUUUUUUUUGCUUCCUGACUGCACACCUCCCUUAGAGCUCCGGAGCAGGGGUGAGGCGGCGAGCGGCUCCGGGGAGCCCAGGCUGGCUCCAUGUAUCCCGAAUCCACCACUGACUCCCCGGCGCGACUCUCGCUGCGGCAGACGGGCUCCCCAGGGAUGAUUUACAGCGCGAGGUACGGGAGCCCCAAGCGCCAGCUCCAGUUCUACAGGAACCUCGGGAAGUCUGGGCUACGUGUGUCCUGCCUGGGCCUGGGGACAUGGGUGACUUUUGGAGGGCAAAUCACAGACGAGAUGGCGGAACAGCUGAUGACUUUAGCCUACGACAACGGCAUUAAUCUCUUCGACACGGCAGAAGUCUACGCCGCCGGCAAGGCCGAGGUGGUGCUGGGGAACAUCAUCAAGAAGAAAGGGUGGAGACGGUCCAGCCUGGUCAUCACCACCAAAAUCUUCUGGGGAGGAAAGGCUGAGACGGAGAGGGGUCUGUCCCGAAAGCACAUCAUAGAAGGUCUGAAGGCGUCGCUGGAGCGGCUGCAGCUGGAGUACGUGGACGUGGUGUUCGCCAACCGGCCCGACCCCAACACGCCGAUGGAAGAGACGGUGCGAGCCAUGACCCACGUCAUCAACCAGGGGAUGGCCAUGUACUGGGGGACCUCGCGCUGGAGCUCCAUGGAGAUCAUGGAGGCGUAUUCGGUGGCCCGGCAGUUCAACCUGAUCCCGCCGAUCUGCGAGCAGGCCGAGUACCACAUGUUCCAGCGGGAGAAGGUGGAGGUGCAGCUCCCCGAGCUCUUCCACAAGAUAGGUGUCGGAGCCAUGACCUGGUCCCCGCUGGCCUGCGGCAUCGUCUCGGGGAAAUACGACGGGGGGAUCCCCCCCUACUCCCGCGCCUCGCUGAAGGGGUACCAGUGGCUGAAGGACAAGAUCCUGAGCGAGGAGGGCCGGCGGCAGCAGGCGAAGCUGAAGGAGCUGCAGGCCAUCGCCGAGCGCCUGGGCUGCACCCUGCCCCAGCUCGCCAUCGCCUGGUGCCUGCGCAACGAGGGCGUCAGCUCCGUCCUGCUGGGUGCCUCCAACGCCGACCAGCUGAUGGAGAAUAUCGGAGCAAUACAGGUCCUUCCGAAGCUGUCGUCUUCCAUCGUCCACGAGAUUGAUAGCAUCCUGGGCAACAAACCCUACAGCAAGAAGGACUACCGAUCCUAAGCGUGUGCCCGAACACGCCGCCCGCCGCGCCGCCCUCGCCGCCCGUUCGCUUGCUUACGCUUUGUUGGAGCGAAGUGGAGAAGUGUGGUUUGCACCGCGAGCGCCGAGAGCCAGCGCUCCCCCGGACCACGGCACCGCUUCCACCCGACCCGGCUGCGGGGCGCAGGGAUGGCCGCCAGCGGGGAGCGCGCCAGGGCAAGCCCCGAGCUGCCCGGCCGCCCUGCCCGCAGCCCAAGGCGCCGCGGGUGCCGCCAGCGCGGCGCGGGGACCCGUUGCAUGCGUGGCUGCCGCCCCCCGCGUGGCUGGGGGUGCGGGGGGGGGGGGCGCGGGGCGCGAGCGGGUGCUGUACGCCCACCAGCCCGACAACACGAAGCUGUUCCCCA